ACACACCAUGCUAUACAGCAGAACAGAACUGACUGAACAACUUUCAGUUACCAAUUAAUACACCCUUUAAUUUCACAGAGGAGUUGAAGUUAAACUAACACAAUGUUAAACUGGGGCCCGGUGGUUGUGACGGUGGUGCUGUACGUGCUGUUAACGCCGGGGCUGUUAUUUCAGGUACCUGGUCGCUCAAGGUGCGUCGAGUUUGGGAACUUUCAGACAAGUGCUGCUGCCGUACUUGUUCAUUCUCUCCUCUACUUUGGUCUUGUCUGUGUUUUCUUGAUCGCCAUUAAGGUCCACUUUUACAUGGGCUAGCUAACUACAAUGCCUGCCAAAUCAGUAUAGUGUUUUUUUUUCUUUUCAUUUGGGUCUAGAAUUAAUUAAUUCAUCUUUCUUUGUAGCAUUUGUGUUCACAAAAAUAUUAGGUGAACAUUCCUUUUUUACGGACAUUCUAAAGACAUACACACUAGCUGCGGUUUGCGGUUAAAAACUACUAGAAUUGCAUAUGUCAAUAGUAUGUUGAUAAAAAAGUGAAUGUUUACCUAUCAUAGCUGUGUUGUUCUCAACCGUUCGCUUUAAGUUCAUGGUUUUGCUAUGUACAAGUUCUUGUAGCAUGUAAUGGCAACAACUGAAGUUAAUUAUUUGUACUCUUUAGUUUA